AUGGCCCUCCAGAUUAAGGUCGAUGAGUCCGGUCACAUCACUGACGCUCGAUUUAAAACCUUUGGCUGUGCUGCCGCCAUCGCCGCUUCUUCCGUCGCUUCUGAAUGGAUCAAGGGCAAAACAAUAUCUGAAGUUGUGACCAUUAAGAACUCGGCAAUUGCAAAGCAUCUUCGCUUGCCUCCUGUCAAGCUGCAUUGCAGUAUGCUUGCUGAGGAUGCUAUCAAGUCCGCCGUCCAAAACUACAAAGAGAAGAAAGUGAUUGCGGAUGCCGCCGUGGCUUGA